AUGAUUAAUUGGAGUGUAACCAUCAUAUCUGAACUCCAGAAAAUGAGAAGAGUUCAACUCACAGGAACUAAGUAUGGCUGUGGAGUGGGAGGCUGUGGUGCCUGCACAGUGAUGAUAUCAUCAUAUAACCCCGUUAUCAAGAGGAUAAGACAUUAUGCAGCCAAUGCCUGUCUGAUCCCCAUCUGCUCUCUGUACAGGGUUGCUGUCACCACAAUAGAAGGCAUAGGAAGCACCAAGGCCAGGAUUCAUCCUGUUGAGGAGAGGAUCGCCAGGUGUCAUGGCACACAAUGUGGGUUCUGUACCCCUGGGAUGGUGAUGUUCAUCUAAUUGCUAGGGAACCAUCCAGAGUCCUCUCUGGAACAGUUAACUGAUGUCCUUAAUGUUUUUCUCCUUUCGGGUAACCUAUGCUGUUGCACAGGAUAUAGGUCCAUAAUUGAUGCAUGCAAAACUUUCUGUAAGACUUCUGGCUGCUGUCAAAGUAAAGAAAAUGGGAUUUGCCAUUUGGAUCAAGAAAUAAAUGAAUUACCAGAAUUUGAAGAAGUAAAUAAGACAAGUCCAAAGCUCUUCUCAGAAGAGGAGUUUCUGCCAUUGGAUCCAACUCAAGAAUCGGUUUUUCCUCCAGAGCUAAUGAUAAUGGCUGAGAAACAACCACAAAGGACUAAGAUUUUUAGUGGUGAUAGAAUGACAUGGAUUUCUCCAGUGACCCUGAAGGAGCUUCUAGAAGCUAAAUUCAACUAUCCUCAGGCCCCUGUUGUCAUGGGAAACACCUCUGUAGGGCCUGAAGUGAAAUUUAAGGGCAUCUUUCACCCAGUUAUAAUUUCUCCUGAUAGAAUUAAAGAACUGAAUUUUGUGAACUGUUCACAUAAUGGGCUGGCCUUAGGUGCUGGCCUAAGCCUGACUCAGGUGAAGGAUAUCUUGGGUGAAACAAUCCAGAACUCCCCAGAGGAGAAGACACAGAUGUACCAAGCUCUCUUGAAGCAUUUGGGAACUCUGGGUGGAUCUCAGAUCAGGAACAUGGCUUCUUUAGGGGGCCAUAUCGUGAGCAGGCACCUAGAUUCAGAUCUGAAUCCCCUCCUGGCCAUGGGCAACUGUACCCUCAACUUGCUAUCAAAAAUAAAAGGGAAACAACAGGUUCCUUUAAAUGGGGAAUUUCUCAGAAGGUGUCCCAACACAGAUCUGAAGCCCGAAGAGAUCUUGAUCUCAGUGAACAUACCCUACUCGAGGAAGUGGGAAUUUGUGUCAGCCUCCUUCCGACAAGCCCAGCAGCAACAGAAUGCACUUGCAAUAGUCAAUUCAGGAAUGAGAGUCUUUUUUGGAGAAGGGGGUGAUAUCAUCAGACACUUAUCCAUUCACAGAGAUGUUGGUCCAACCACUGUCUGUGCAAAGAAUUCCUGCCAGAAACUCAUCAGAAGAUAUGGUAUCAUGCCUUGGAACGAAGAGAUGCUGGAUGCAGCUUGCAGGCUGGUUCUGGAUUAAGUUACCCUUCCAGGCUUAGCUCUGGGUGGGAAGGUGGAGUUCAAGAGAACUCUCAUCAUCAGCUUCCUCUUCAAAUUCUACCUAGAAGUGUCACAGAUGUUGAAGAGGAUGGAUCCUGUUCACUAUCCUAGCCUUACAGACAAGUAUGAGAGUGCUUUAGAAGAUCUUCAUUCCAGACAUCACUGCAGCAUAUUAAAGUACCAGAGUGCAGACUCAAAGCAGCUUCCUCAAGAUACAAUUGGCCAUGCUAUCAUGCAUCUGUCUGGUAUUAAGCAUGCCACGGGGGAAGCCAUCUACUGUGAUGACAUGCCUACAGUGGACCGGGAACUCUUCUUGACUUUUGUAACAAGUUCGGGAGCUCAUGCUAAGAUUGUGUCUAUUGAUCUGUCAGAAGCUCUCAGCCUGCCUGGAGUGGUGGAUGUUGUGACUGAGGAACAUCUUCAUGGUGUAAACUCCUUAUGCCAGAAGGAGAAACUUCUGGUGACAGAGGAAGUAUUCUGUGCGGGUCAGCUCUUCUGUGCCGUGAUUGCAGAUUCUGAGGUUCAGACAAAGCAAGCAGUCAAACAAAUGAAGAUUAUCUACCAAGAUUUGAAGCCACUGAUCCUGACCAUUGAGGAAGCCAUACAGCAUAACUCCUUCAAACCAGAAAAGAAACUGGAAUAUGGAAAUGUUGAUGAGGCAUUUAAAAUGGUUGAUCAAAUUCUAGAAGGUGAAAUACACAUGGGUGGUCAAGAACACUUUUAUAUGAAAACCCAAAGCAUGCUUGUUCUUCCCAAAGGAGAGGACCAAGAAAUCGACGUCUAUGUUUCUACACAGUUUCCCAAAUAUAUACAGGAUAUAGUUGCCUCGACCUUGAAGCUCCCAGUUAACAAGGUCAUGUGUCAUGUAAAGCGUAUUGGUGGGGCUUUUGGGGCGAAGGCCAUCAAAACCAGCAUCAUGGCAGCCAUCACUGCAUUUGCUGCCAACAACAACCCCCUAGAAACCACCAUUCUACUUGCCAUUCGUUCUAAUUUGACUACACUAGCUGGGUUCAUGAAUGAUGGCAGAAACUUGGCUCUGGAUAUGGAGCAUUAUAGCAAUGGAGGCGCCUCCCUGGAUGAAUCAUUAUUUGUGAUAGAAAUGGGACUCCUGAAAAUGGAAAAUGCUUACAAGUUCCCCAACCUGCGCUGCCGGGCAUGGGCAUGCAGAACCAACCUUCCAUCCAACACAGCUCUGCGUGGCUCUGGCUUUCCUCGGCUGAUCACUGGGUCCUGUAUCACAGAAGUUGCAGCCAGGUGUGAUUUUGCCCCCUCCCCCAAGGUUCGAAUGAUAAACAUGUACAAGGAAAUUGGUCAGACACCCUACAAACAAGAGAUUAAUACCAAGAACCUGACUCAGUGUUGGAAAGAACGUAUGGCCAUGUCUUCCUACUCCCUGAGGAAAGUGGCUGUGGAGAAAUUCAAUUCAGAGAAUUACUGGAAGAAGAAAGGGCUGGCUGUGGUCCCCUUGAAGUUUCCUAUUGUCCUUGGCUCAGUCGCUGCUGGUCAGGCUGCUGCCUUGGUUCACAUUUACUGUGGGUCUGUGCUGGUGACUCAUGGUGGAAUCGAAAUGGGUCAGGGGGUCCAUACUAAAAUGAUUCAGGUGGUUAGUCGUGAAUUAAGGAUGCCCAUGUCUAAUAUCCACCUGCGUGGAACAAGCACAGAAACUGUCCCUAAUACAAAUAUUUCUGGAGGUUCCGUGGUGGUGGAUCUCAACGGGUUGGCAGUAAAAGAUGUUUGUCAGACUCUUCUAAAAUGCCUUGAACCCAUCAUCAGCAAGAAUCCUCAAGGUACUUGGAAGGAUUGGGCACAAGCUGCUUUUGAUGAAAACAUUAGCCUUUCAGCUACUGGAUACUUCAGAGGUUAUGAGUCAAACAUGAACGGGAUGACAGGCGAGGGCCAUCCUUUCAAGUAUUUUGUUUUUGGAGCUGCCUGUUCCGAGGUUGAAACAGACUACCUGACAGGCGCUCCUAAGAACACCAGAACAGACAUUGUCAUGGAUGAUGACUGCAGUAUAAACCCAGCCCUUGACAUAGGCCAGAUUGAAGGUGUGUUUAUUCGAGGCAUGGGACUUUAUACAAUAGAGGAGCUGAAUUAUUCUCCUCAGGGAGUCCUAUACACUUGUGGUCCAAACCAAUAUAAAAUCCCUGCCAUCUGUGACAUCCCCACAGAGUUGCACAUUUCUUUAUUGCCUCUGUCUCAAAGCUCAAAUACCCUGUAUUCAUCGAAGGGUCUAGGAGAGUCUGGGAUAUUCCUGGGAUGUUCAGUGUUUUUUGCCAUUCAUGAUGCAGUGAAAGUAGCACAACAGGAGAGAGGCCUGUCUGGACCAUUGAAGCUCAAUAGUCCACUGACUCCAAAGAAGAUUAGGAUGGCCUGUGAAGAUAAGUUCACAAAAAUGAUUCCAAAAGACAAACCUGGAUCCUAUGUUCUUUGGAAUAUACCCAUAUGA